CGGGGCGGGCUCGGGGAGGCCGGGAACGGGCUCGGGGAGGCCGGGACGGGGCUCGGGGAGGCCGGGAACGGGGGGAGAGGCCCGGGGAGGCUCCGGGGGAGGCGAUGUCGGACACUUGGAGCUCCAUCCAGGCCCACAAGAAGCAGCUCGACUCGCUGCGGGAGCGGCUGCAGCGGCGGCGGAAGCAGGACCCGUUGGCAGCAGACCCCCGCCAUGCCGCCCCUCCCUCCCCCCCCCUCCCCGCACCUCUAGCCACCGGCCCCCCCUCCCCCCUCAGGUCCCGGGGGGGGCGGGGGGAUUUGGGGGACGGCGGGGGGUCGGGGGCCGGGGGGGGUUGCAGCCCCCCCGGGGGGGGGAGGACCUGGCCCCGACCGGCGCUGGAGCGGCGCCUGCUGCUGCACCUCGCCGACCUGCGCUGCCGCUGCCCACCGACGCCGCCGCCAUCUGCCGAGCCAUCGCCGCCCCCGACGCGCCGCCCGCCCGCGCACGGUGGAGAGCCUCCUGCAGAAGUUCGCGGCGCAGGAGCUGAUCGAGGUGCGCCGGGGGCUGCUGGCCGAAGGUCCCACCCUGGUGACCUACGCCGACCACUCCAAGCUGGCCGCCAUGACCGGCGCCGAGCGGCACGGCGACGCCGACGACGGCCCGGGAGGGGGAAACGGCGAGCGGAACACGACCCGCGCGGCGCCGGCGGCGCCGGCGGCGGCGGCCCGGGGACGGCCGCCGACGCCGGGAAGGAGGCGGCGAAGAAGUCGCGGAAGCAGGCGUCCGACGUGGACCUGGAGAUCGAGAGCUUGCUCAGCCAGCAGUCCACCAAGGAGCAGCAGAGCAAGAAGGUGGGGGAGGACGGAAUGGGGGCCACCAACCCCAAAAAGUUGAGGCGUGGCUUGGUGGCACCUAAGAUGGCUUGGUGGCAUCUAAAGGUUGAGGUUCUACCAUGAAAAACUCAAAGGUGAGCUGGGUUCAACCUAAAAAGGGUGAGGGACGUCUUGGUGGCACCUAAAAGGUUGAAGUUUUGAGGUUCUACCA